AUGAUUCCGGCAAAGACAGCAGUGCGGUUGCGCACGCGGGCAAGCAGAGCUGCUCUCUUUGCGCAAGCAAGGCGCAGCCUGACGCCAUACGCCGGCGCUGCCGCAGAGAAGUCGAAGCCAGCGAGCGCGCAAGCAUCGACAGCUACCGCAACCACUUCCGCUGCCAAGGGAGGACAGCCUGCGUCUGCAUCAGAAGCUCCACAGCAGCUGUCCCGAAGGGCGCAGUGGAAGGGGCGGUACGAUCGUGCACGACAAUCGUAUGCAUGGCAAGCGACUGCCUUUGUCUGGAAUCGCAAGCUCUUCUUCGGCGGAUUGCUCACGUCUGGCUACAUUUACUAUGAGCUGAAGAGGUGGCAGUACUAUCAAGAUGACCGCGCACAGAUCAAGCCCAACACUGCAGUCGUUUGGAAGAUCUAUCCCGGUUCCAUCGUCGAGACUGCGUCAUCCAAGAGCGCGCUCUCUACAGUGCUCGGCGAGACAAACCCCUAUGCGGAAGAGUCAGCACAGCCGAUCUCGCUCCUUGAGGCCCUCACAUCGCUUGCCGUGAUCGCUCAGGAUGACAACGUACGAUUGCUAGUGGCCAAUUUCAGCUCGUUAGGUGUGCCGACCGCAGCAGGAGGCGGUCUUGGUCUGGCGCAGAUUGAGGAGCUCCUUAACGCUAUCCAAGUGGUGAAAUCGACAAAGACUGAGCGAGGCAUUCCCUUUCGCACGAUUGCCUUCAGUGACUCCUUUGACUCGCAAGGGGAAUAUCUCCUGGCUUGCGCCUUUGAUGAGAUAUACAUGCAGCCUACCGGACAGGUCGGCUUGACCGGCCUCAGCGCAGAGAUCCCGUUCUACAAGCGGCUUCUGGACUGGGCCGGGGUGCGCAUACUGUCAGAGACACGAGAGCGCUUCAAGAGUGUCACGGCCCCAUAUGUCCACGAAGAGCUACCGCUUGCGCAAAGAGAGAACCAGCAAGAAGUUAUGCAGCAGCUCUCCGACGCUAUGGCACUCAUGAUAGGCGAGGGCCGAUUUCCAGAUCUUCCGCUGAGCGAAGCGACUGCAAAGGUCAGAGAGAUGAUGAAGCAUGGACCUUACUCUGCGACAGAGGCAGCGUUCAAUGGACUCAUCACAGGGCCCGCUUACAUGAGCGACAUCGCACAGGCCAUUGGCAUCUGGGACGCUAAUCGAGCGACGCCUUAUGCUGCCUAUUCAGCCUACCUGGACACUUUGCAGUCAGAUCAAGACCCUGCGCCCUUUGCGGCAGAGAGCCCUCCUGGGCUGACAGCUGAGAUUGCCGCAGCAACUGCAGCGCUCGAAAACUCAGAUACAGGCACGAAUACCGCAAGCGAGACCGAUAACGCUGAUGCAAUCAAGCCGCAUGUCUUAAGCUUCAAGCAACUCAGCCAAGCUCUCAAAAGCAAGACGACAGAAGUGAUCAAUAAGCCUGCGACGGAUGAGCAGCUCAGGUUCGGUAUAUGCUACUUGAAUGGCGGCAUCAACGCCGGUGCAUCGACAGACAAGGUCCUGCAGGGCAUUGCUCAAGCCGGACGAGACAAGUCGAUCGUUGCGCUCAUCCUCAGAAUCGAUUCUGGCGGCGGCGCGGUCAUUCCAAGCGACUCGAUCUGGGAAGCUAUCGCAGCCUUCAAAUCCACGGGCAGGGCUGUCAUCGCUUCACUCGGCAACACUGCCGCCAGCGGCGCCUACAUGGCAGCUUGUGGCGCUGACGUCAUCUUCUGUAAUGCGUCAACGAUCACUGGCUCCAUCGGCGUCGCUGCCAUACGACCGACCAUUACGCAAAAGCUGCUGGACCGGGCCAAGCUCAAUGUGCAGAGUUUUGUGACCGGUAAUACGUCACAAUCGCUGCUACAUGAGCUCGAAGGCGAUGCUCUCGCACGGUUUCAAAGGCACGUCGAUGAGACUUACAGCGACUUUCUCCUUCGCGUCGUCCAAGGCCGAGACAUUCCUCUAGAUAAUGUGCACGAGGUCGCUCAGGGACGAGUCUUCACCGGCAUUGGCGCUUUCAGACUCAAGGAAAAUCUGAAACUCGAUCACAUCGAUCCUUGGUCGUCCGCUCUUUUGAGCAACCUACAAUGGUUCGUCGAUGCCAAGUCCAGUGACGAUGAAAGAGCGGUGGAGCAAGGCAGCAGUCCACAACAUGCAGAGCUCGACGAAGAUCACAAUUUCUCACCUUUCGCAGUCAUCUCAAAGCUCGCGGGAGACUGUCUACCGAGCCAGCCUUCCCUCGCCACGGGCGCAGAAACAAAGCAUCGUGGACUGGGCCUCGUCGAUGCACUAGCUGGCCUGGAGGGUGCCAUGACGAUUGCUGCAGCGACCACAUUAGAGCACAGACAGCUCGGCAAGAAGUCUGCGCCGGCCAAGCUGGAGAACGCUGAGGACCUGAAGAAAGAGCUCGAGAAGUACGACGUCCUACCUGUCAUCUUUCCGCGCGAAUUAUCUCUGCUGCAGCAGAUUAAAGCAGCGUACAAGCAAGGGGACGGGCUGCUGGCCACUAUGGGAAUUACUGCCGUUCUGCUGGGCCAACGCUUGACACUGUUUGGCCAGACUGUGACACGUGAAAUGAUAAAGAGCACUGUGACAGCGGAAGUCAAUGCUCUCGGCAUGGGCGACCUAAUGACGAAAGACGCCUUCAGCGCUAAGCGAGGGCUACGUGCAGAGAGCGGUGCGCGAUAUUAUCGCUUGUAG